AUGCAGCUACCCGCCAGCCCUGUAUACACCUCGAAGUCUUCUUCGAUCAGUGCGUCUGUCUUGCAUGGACCACGAGACCUGCGAUUGGAAGUGAGGAGCAUUGAGGAUCCGGGAAUUGGCGAGCUGCAGAUUGCCGUCAGGUCCACGGGAAUUUGCGGCUCAGAUGUCUCCUACUACAAGAAGUUCGCUAAUGGCGACCUCUGCGCCUGCCAGCCACUAUCUCUUGGCCAUGAAUCCUCCGGCACGGUUGUCGCCAUUGGCCCUCAAGUAAUUGGAUUCAAGCUUGGAGAUCGAGUCGCACUGGAAGUUGGCAUUCCCUGUGGACAAUGCGGUAUCUGCAGGAAAGGUCGCUAUAACCUCUGCAAAAAGAUGCGAUUCAGGAGUAGCGCAAAGAGUUUCCCUCACUUCCAGGGCACACUCCAGGACAAGAUAAACCAUCCCGCCAACUGGUGCCAUAAGUUACCUGAUCAUGUCACUUUUGACGCGGCUGCCCUCCUCGAACCUCUCUCUGUUGCCAUCCAUGCCGUCAACCGCGCCAGACCGGAACCCGGGUCCACAGCCCUUGUCAUCGGAGCUGGAACCGUAGGUCUCCUGACUGCUGCUAUGGCUCGGCAAUCUGGCUGCACCACGGUUACCAUAUGUGACGUUGAUGCCGGCCGUGUCAAUUAUGCAACCAGCAAGGGUUUCGCAACGCACGGAUUUGUCGUUCCCCGGCCUCUGCACACCUCAUCUAGCAGCUCCUCCAUCUAUUCCGGCACUUCAACUCCAGCGGACUCGGGUGUCAUGACCCCCGCGAGCAUGUUCUCUUUCUCAAGCCAGCUGGACGGCGCAAAGGCUCUCGCACAUGACAUUCUUAACUUGACCAAGCCUCCACCAUCUCUUGCCAAUGACGAUGAGGACGACGGCGUCGACGUGACUUUUGAGUGCACUGGCAAGGAGGUGUGCAUGCACAUGAGCCUCUACGCCACAAGACCUGGCGGCAAGGUCAUCAUGGUAGGCAUGGGCACGCCGAUCCAGACGCUGCCCAUGUCCGUCGCACACCUGCGCGAAAUUGACAUCCUGGGCAUCUUCCGCUAUGCAAAUACGUAUCCUACCGGCAUCCGUAUGCUUUGCAAUAAGGGUGGGCCAUUUGCGCUGCCAAGUCUGGACGACAUGGUCACCCAUCGAUUCAAGGGGCUGGCCAAUGCAAAACAUGCAUUUGAGCUUGCUAGCCGUACAGUCGACGACGAGGGCAAAUUGGUGUUGAAGGUAGUUAUUGAGGCUUAA